AUGUCAGACGAGGACCCCAGUGAAUCCAAUGGCGUCAACCCAUGGCCCAUUUCGCCAGACUUUUGCCCAUACAAACCAUUCCCAUCACUCUCCGAUCUCGUUCGUCUCGAUCAAAUCACUCGAUUCCCACAGCUCAACCCUCAGGAGAUGAAAAUGUACCAGGAUCGGGCAACCGUGCUCUGGAACUUGAUCAACAACAGCAAAGAGGGCACCGAACCCUACAUUUAUGCCUUUACAGAGCUUCUGGGACUAUCGCUUCUUCUCUGGGAGGGGAUUAAGAAGUUUCAGAAAUACGAGUACGGAGUUUGGGUGCGGGCCAGAAAGCACGAAGCGGAGGAAAAAAGGCUGCACGAGCUGGGCAUUCAGAGGGGAAACGACUAUGGCAAUUCUAUGCGCAAGCUCGAAUAUGAACUCCUCGACUUCUCAAAGGAGUUGAGACUACAGGUAGACGCUUUCCAGCUCUAUCUCCCCGUUGGCAUGAAUGAAAAUGAGGCCGACCGCUGGAUCAUGGAGACACGACUGAAGUAUGGAAAUGCUAUCAGGGAGAAGAAGGCUAGCCAACAGUUGCUAGACAGGUUGGCUAUGGCAAGGGUCAAUCGUCAGAAAGCGGGAAGCGUUUUGAAACCGAAUGAGUUGAAGGAUUACGAGUCGAAGAUGAAAAAGGGGAAUGAUGGGUACAGCCAUGCGGUCAUGACCCUUUUCAACUUGAGGAUGCAGAGUGAGGAGGAUAAUAUGAAAAGAGGAACUCUUUGCAGUGGGCAGGUCUGGUUCGGCUAG